CUUAAAUGAUUGGUGCGUUAAUACAGUAAAGUUAAAGAGACAGUAUACGCCCUGUCGCUGCUCUCAUCCCUACAAAAUCCCUGCACCAGUUGUAGUUACAGAUGCGAAUUCUUGUCUUGACUCUGCUACGAAGUCUAUUCAAUUAUUAUUCUCUUCAUUGGAUUUGGCACAUCGCUGUCUUGUUCAAACAAUGAAUCCAUUCCCACCCAGAACAGUGUUUUGGAGGCCAUGAAGAUGCUUCAAACCAGUCGAAACGCCAUAAUUCACAUAAUUCAAACUUGUUAUUUAUACCACAAGCCGCCAUGAAAGUCUUUUCACUUUCUACCUGACCGUCCUCGCAAUGCAUCCCAAUCUUCUGCAGAAUUCCUUUCAUGGCUUCAUUCUUCUCCUCUUUCUCGCUUCAAUCAGCAUUCGCUCUUCUCUAUGCCGCAUGGAUUUUCGAUAUUCGAACUGUAGCGAACCGUACGCCUGUGGAAAAAUCAGCAACAUUUCGUUCCCAUUCUGGGGAGCGAAUCGCGCGGAAUACUGUGGCUUGCCCGCGUACGAAUUAGGAUGUGAAUCCGACGUUCCAACGAUUGCAAUCUCUUCCGAGAGGUUCCGAGUUCUCGACAUAAACCUCCUGGCUCGGACCAUCACAGUUGCUCGAGAGGAUCUGUGGAACAAUUCUUGUCCCCCGCGCUUGAUCAACACUACCAUCAAUUUCCAACACUUUAGUUAUGGCUCUGUUCUUCGGAACUUGACACUGUUCUACGGUUGCCCUUUCCACUUGGCGCCAGUUCCUGGGCUCUGGAGCUGGCGGAAUUGCACCAUAAACGUUACUACUUCGACUGUUUACUACGCGACGACGAGUAUGACGAUUGAUCCGAACGCAGUGAGCUGCGAUACCUCUGUGGGCGUGCCGGUUUUUGAAAGCGCUGCGCAGGCUCUGGAGGCCAAUUUGACGAGCAUCGGUGUGGCCAUAGAUGCAGGUUUCGGGCUGCAGUGGAGCACAGAAGGUGUUCGAUGUAUUGCCUGCUUGGAAUCUGGUGGUGUUUGCGGGUAUAAUCGGAGCGAGAGUGAGUUCACUUGCUUUUGCCGUGACCAGCCCCACAAUGGGACCUGCCAAACUGGGCCGGGGGAUGGCAGCGGUUCAGAUUCAAUGUCAAUGCAAAUAGGUCUUCCAAUAGCAGGUGCAGUGAUUGCUGGUAUUGGAUUGGGAUGGGCCAUUUUUGCUUGCAGACAAAAGAGAAAACGGGUUGCUGCAGAGUCUGCUCAAGCUGCAGAAAGCAAAGAUAUUGUCUCGUCUGCUCCUCUAACCAAAGGCCUCACUACCACUCCUUCGACUAAUCUCUCCCAUAGCAUCCCUUCUUAUCGAUCAUCAAAGUCUGAAUUUGGUAAGGCAAGCACCUACUUUGGAGCUCAGAUCUUCAGCUAUGCUGAACUCGAAGAAGCCACCAACUAUUUCGACCCCUCUAGAGAGCUUGGAGAUGGAGGCUUUGGCACUGUUUAUUAUGGCAAGCUCCAAGAUGGCCGCAUAGUUGCAGUGAAGCGCCUGUAUGAGAACAACUUCAAACGUGUAGAGCAAUUCAUGAACGAAGUCGAGAUCCUAACACGAUUAAGGCACGUAAACCUUGUGACUCUCUAUGGAUGCACCUCAAAAAGAAGCCGGGAACUCCUCCUAGUGUACGAGUUCAUCCCCAACGGAACAGUGGCCGACCACCUGCAUGGAAGAAAAUCAAACUCCGGCCUGCUCUCUUGGCCUGUCCGGCUGGGCAUUGCCAUGGAAACAGCCGAGGCUCUGGCCUACCUCCAUGCCUCAGACAUCAUCCACCGCGAUGUCAAAACCAACAACAUCCUCCUCGACAAUGAUUUCCACGUCAAAGUAGCUGACUUUGGGCUGUCAAGGCUGUUCCCGAACGAUGUGACCCAUGUCUCAACAGCCCCACAAGGGACACCAGGCUAUGUUGAUCCCGAAUACUACCAAUGCUACCAACUCACUGAAAGGAGCGAUGUUUACAGCUUUGGGGUGGUUUUAAUUGAGCUAAUAUCAUCCAAACAAGCAGUUGACACCAACCGGGACAGGCAAGAAAUCAACUUGGCAAACAUGGCAAUCAACAAGAUUCAGAACCACACAUUGAACGAGCUAGUGGAUCCAGAUCUUGGAUUUGAAACAAACAGUUCUGUGAGGAGGAUGGCCACUUUGGUGGCAGAGCUGGCUUUCAGGUGUUUGCAGAUGGAAAGGGAUAUGAGGCCUUCCAUGGAAGAAGUGCUGAAGGCUUUGAAGCGAAUAAAGAACGAGGAGAUGAAUGGGGGCCAAGAUGCAGAGGUGGUGGACAUUGUUAUAGAGGAUGAUGUUGGGCUUCUGAAGGGGAACCCCCCGCCGCUGUCGCCGGAUUCCACCGCCACCGACAAACGGGUUAGCAACUCUUACACUUCUUUCUCUAGUGGUUGAUGAGAACCGAAAACUUGGAGAUUCCCUUCUCAUUUUGCUUGGUGGUUGAGCAUUCUUAAGCUUCCAUCUUGUUUUCAUGUUAUUUUCUUGUUUUAUAGAAGAUAUACAGAUUGAAGACGUUAAUUGAUGCAAGUUUUAAUUAGGAGAAUGUAUAAAGUAAUUAGAGUUGUCCUCAACCUAAUCAUCUUCACAAUAUAUAUAUAUAUAUGUUUGGAUGUAUUUAAAUACUGUUCAAGUGUUCUUGCUUAA